CAACACUAAUUUGGCACACAUGAUUCUACGAAUUUGCAGCAGAGACCUCUUGUUUCGACUGAAUGAGGUAGAGCUCCAGGAACCGCGUUGGGCAGCCAUGUAUCCCGGGGGACAGCUCAUCACACCAAUCUUCCGCUAGGCAUCACCUUUCAACCACAGGUUUCAGCACGUACACGACAAAAGUAGCCUACACACAUAAUAGCAAAGUAUAUAUUCGCAAGUUUUUUCCCUAUUGUUAUAAUAUAUUCGCAAGCCAUUAAAAUAGUAUGCAGUCUGCCGUAAUGUGUCGUUUUUCACCUUGCUGUGGCUCUCCGUAUGGCAACAAGGCUCCACGUAUAAUGUACUGGCAUCAAGUUCAGUGGCUGGAGUUACAUGCAAAACCUUUCAACUCGGAAGUGUUUGAAAAGUUGCGGCUCUAAUUUGACAUUAGGGUUAAGCAUCCGAUUGGCUAAACAAGGCAACUACUAGUUUUUUUGAAGACUUGAUUCAUAUAAAUCGACACUUCUGGUCACUACAACCAGCCCCUGUGUGAAGCAGAGAAAUAAUCGUGGCGCUCCACGUGACCACUAAAAGUUUCUCCCAGGCGUCAUACAUAACCUAUUGUAACAGUCACGAAGAGGAAGCAACGCUUCUUAAUGAUCUGGAAUACAAAGUAAUUAAUCUAAAUUUACAAAACUCGCUAUAACAAUGUCCAUGUUGCCAGUGUUGAUCAGCCGUGAAGAGGUUAUGCGACUUCUGCAGAAUAAUGACUUGAUUCCGAGUCUCGAGUCUGCACUAGGAAUGUUUUCUAAACGGAACGGUACGGAGGUGAUCCAACCAGUGCGGACAACUGUCCCGCUUCAGAAAUACAAUGGAUUCCUUGGGUUGAUGCCUGCAUAUAUAGCUCACGAAGACGUUUUAGCCAUUAAAAUAGUAUCCUUCUACCAGCGAGACAAGGACUCCGAUUUGUCUGCACAUCAGGCGACUGUGUUGCUUUUUGACCCAGAACGGGGAAAUGUCAUAGCUGUUAUGGAUGGGAUAACCAUCACAGAAAAAAGGACAGCUGCAGUUUCAGCUAUUUCUGCUAAACUGUUGAUGCCACCUAAAGCAGAGGUGCUGUGCAUUCUGGGUUCUGGCAGCCAGGCUAUCAGCCAUUAUGAGGUCUUCACACAAAUGUUCUCCUUCAAAGAGAUACGUGUGUGGAGUAGGAGGAGGGAGAGAGCAGAACAGUUUGCCAGGGCUGUCCAGGGCCCUGUGGCAGUAUUUUCCUCUGUAAAGGAAGCUGUGGAGGGGUCUGAUGUCAUAAUCACAGUUACUAUGGCAACAGAGCCUGUGCUGCAGGGUGAAUGGGUGAAGCCAGGUGCUCAUGUGGCCGCGGUGGGAGCCUGCAGGCCAGACUGGAGGGAGCUGGACGAUGCCCUGAUGAGAAAGGCAGUGGUGUAUGUGGACAGUAGAGAAGGAGCCUCUACUGAAUCGGGAGAUAUUAUCCUCUCUGGGGCCAGUAUAUUUGCUGAGUUGGGCGAAGUUAUCAAUGGGACUAAAUCGGCCCAAUGUGAGAAAACCACUGUGUUCAAAUCCCUUGGGAUGGGAAUUCAGGAUGCAGUAUGUGCAAAGCUUGUGUUUGACCAGUGGAAGAGCCAACAGUGAAGGAUUUCUUUCAAGGUCUCACAAAGGGAUGUUCUGCAACAACAUCAAUGAUAACAUUGAUAUUUAACUGAGAAACAGAGGACAGUGCUGUGAACAGCCCAUGCCUGUCUGCUGUUUUCAAAAGCCAACUAAUCUAACUGUAGCAGCACAGUCCCCAAAUUCAAAUUAAUGUUGAAAUUAAAAUAAAAUGUUUUAAAGCUUAAUGUUUAUUUACCAUGUCAUAGACUAAAUAAUUGUAAUACUGUAUAGAAUCUGAUUUGCAUCUCUUUUGUUGGGAUUUUUAUGAUUAAUUGGUUUAAAAUGUUAGUGCUACUUGUCUACUUGUAAAGCUUUGUUUCUAGUUCCAUAUAGUCUUGGUGAAUAUAGAUCUGAAAUGCAGUAUUAUGUGGACUGAAAUUAAAUUGAUUGAGCUUGUAAAUUUUCUUUUACAUCUUCGUCAUUGUUAAAACCAACAAUUGUAUAUGUAUUUCACUUAUUUACAAAUUAAUAUUGUAAUGGCGGCUGGCUAGUUGGCUAGCUGACAUAGCUUGUGUACAGUUGAUAAACCACUUCCAUGUUAAUGUGCUACUAACCAGUAAAGGUGCACUUAAGUUGUACUAUUAUUAGCAUAUGGGCCAUAGGCUAUGUAUAAGAAGGGUGCACAGCCAGCGCCCGCGGCCAGUUCCUCAAGUCUCACGCUGUUCAUGUUUCUUCUGCUUUGCAAAAGAAAAUGAGCACAAUGGCUCAAAUACAAGACCUGCCAUAAACUAUCCUCAGUACUGACACAUUCAGUACUGCAGUUGAAAAAACUAGACCGUGGCAUAUUAUGUUGCUCCAUCAUUCCAUAAAAAGCCCUGAAUUUCGACAGUGUCCUGUACAUAAAUAGCAAGAAGCUAUUUAA